AUGCUUCCUCUUACUUUUGCUAAUCCCGCUGAUUACGACAAGAUUGAUUCUGCUGACAAGAUCUCAAUUGUUGGAUUAAAGGAUUUUGCUCCUGGAAAAUCACUCAAAGCAAUUAUUAAAAAGGCGAAUGGAACACAGAUCGAAAUCUCUUUGAAUCAUAGCUUCAAUGAGCAACAAAUCGAAUGGUUCAAAGCUGGGUCCGCCCUAAAUCGUAUGAAAGAGGUGCUAAGUCGCAAGUAG